AUGGCCGACCGCCUUUCCGCCGGCGCAAUGUCCGCUCCACCGCCUCCGCAGCAACAAGCACCAUCCCAGCAGCCGCAGCCCACACAACACACCACACCCCAGCAUGCUCAACAGCAGCCGUCGCCAACGGGCAUGAGCCAGCAAGGAGCCUCUGCCACGAGUUUCCGGAGACAACGCGCCUCGAGAGCUUGCGAGACAUGCCACUCGCGAAAGGUACGCUGCGAUGCCGCUAGUCUCGGUGUGCCUUGCACCAACUGUGUCGCCUUCAACAUCGAAUGCAAGAUCCCUUCUCCCAAACGCAAAAAGACGUCCUCCAAGCAAAAAGACUCCAACAGUGACCGCGAAGACAGCAGCAGCGUGAUCCAACCCUCGCCCGCUACCACCGAAACCCUCGCACGUCCCGAUGUCGCCCCUCAGGCUCCAAUGCAGAUGCCUCAACUGCCUCCUCGGAACGGCAUCGACUACUCGUCCCCCAGUGGCAUGCCACCAACUACGCUUCCGGAGAAAUACCAGGAGCAACAGCAGAUUCACGAUGCAACCUGGAGCCAGUACAUGAAGCCGAAGUUCGCUCGCGCGCCCAUCAAGGAGGCCGGUCGCGUUGCUUACCUGGGCGAGUCGUCCAAUCUGUCUCUGCUCGUACACGACAAACAUGGCGCUUCGGACGUCGUCCACUAUCCUCUGCCUGAAAAUGUCCGUGGUCCUCGAGCCCGCAUGAACGAACUCGACGAACUCGAAUUGCGAAUCCUGCACGAGCGAGGAGCCUUCUUGCUACCCCCUCGUCAGUUGUGCGAUGAGCUGGUCGAUGCUUUCUUUACCUGGAUCGCCCCUGUCGUGCCUGUAAUCGAUCGCAACAAGUUCAUGCGACGCUACCGAGAUCCUAGAAACCCUCCAUCGCUGCUUCUACUGCAGGCAAUUCUUCUGGCUGGAUCACGCGUGUGUACGAAUGCACAACUCAUGGACGCCAACGGAUCUACUACCCCGGCUGCCAUGACCUUCUACAAACGAGCCAAGGCAUUAUAUGACGCAAACUAUGAAGACGACCGGAUCACAAUCGUUCAAGCCGCCAUCCUGAUGGGCUGGUAUUGGGAGGGCCCAGAGGGUAAGAUGCGAGAAAAGUCCCUCGCCACUCUAGAAUGUUUGUCUGAUAUUGCUUCAGAUGUCACGAAGAACGUGUUUUAUUGGAGCAGAGUGGCCGUCGUGAUUGCGCAGGGUUCUGGAAUGCACAGAAGUGUCGAGAAAUCUCAACUAAGUCAACAAGACAAGCGCCUCUGGAAACGCAUCUGGUGGACCCUCUUCACGCGAGAUCGCUCUGUGGCAGUCGCUCUUGGCCGUCCCUGCGGUAUCAACAUCGAGGACUCAGAUGUCGAGAUGAUCUGCGAAGAAGACUUCAUCGAGGACGAGACUGACCAAGCCCCCGAGUAUCCUUUGGACCCGAUACACAUCCACUUCUUCCUGAACUACGUCAAACUGUGUGAGAUAAUGGGUUUGGUCCUUUCGCAAAACUACUCGGUCGCUUCGCAGAAACGUGGCCGUAACAACGCAAUCGACCUAACUCAUUGCGACAUGGCUCUGGCUGACUGGCUUCAAAAUUGUCCGAAAGAAGUCUACUGGGAGAAGAGUCGACAUCAUUUCUGGUCUGCUCUUCUCCAUUCAAACUACUACACCACACUGUGCUUAUUACAUCGCGCUCACAUGCCUCCCGCGGGCUCAUCACCCGAGGUGAACAGAUCGAAUGGCUUCCCGGAAGAUAUGGCCUAUCCAUCCAAGAAUAUUGCAUACCAGGCAGCCGGCAUGAUCACCUCGAUUGUCGAGGCUUUGACCAAGCACAACGAGCUUCAAUUUACACCAGCCUUCAUCGUCUAUUCUCUCUUCUCUGCACUCAUCAUGCAUGUCUACCAGAUGCGUUCCUCCAACCAGUCGAUUGUUCAUACCACUCAGCAGCGCCUGACGACUUGUAUGAAUGCACUCAAGGACGUGUCUCGAGUCUGGCUUGUUGCCAAGAUGGUGCACACUCUCUUCGACUCGAUCCUUGGCAACAAGGUGCUCGAGGAGCGCCUUCAAAGGGCCGCCGGAAAGCGACACGGAAAGCCUAAGAAGAUGCAGCAACCAAAAAAUCCCCUAUCACGCAGCAAUAGCGAUCAACAGAAGCGCAAGUUCGAUGAUAUGGAGUUUGGAUACAGUGGAGGCCCACCAGCUGCUCAGAUGUCGUAUGAACGCUCACGACCGCAAUCACCUGUCAACGCCCCUCGGGAUAACCUGCCGCCCUCAGGACUGCCGGGCAGUAACACAAGCCCCUCUCUACGUCAAGACGCCUUUAUGGGGACAUCCCGGACGAACACACGUCCUACCACACCGUUCAAUACCUACUCCUACCCCGGUACACCACCAGACCUCUUCCUUCACACUCGCACAUCGCCAAACAUCUCCCAGGACUUGUGGCAAAAUUAUCAACCUGACCAGCUGUUCCCACCGGACACCACAGGCAUCUACCCUACCGAGAGUCCUGUACAACAAGGUACCAUGGUAGACCCCGCUCUUCGAGCGUCAGUAGGAGCCCAGCCACAACAAGCCUACAACAAUUCGGCCCAACAACAAACUCACUACCAACAGUCAGCAUCUGUUGGAACUGGUAUGAUGAACGCACCACCGCCUCAGCAACAACAGUAUGCUGGACAAGAGCAGCAUGUUCCCAUGCAAAUUUCAUAUGGACAAAUGCCAGAAAACGGUGAGCAUCAGCCUCGAGCAAGUAUGGACGACACUUGGAGCAAUAACAGUGGUUCCACGGGAGGCGGACCUAUUGUGCCCACUACUCUGAACGUCGGCGACUGGUUCGAGUUCUUUGGCAUUCCGAACGGAGAUAUCUCUGCAUUGCAUGCGCAACAGUAUUGA